ACUUUGUCCAGUCUCUUUGUCCUCCAACCAUGGGUACAGCGGUUUAGGGGGGCGCCGGGCACGCAAGAGACCCAGAGGGGUGCCAUCAGAAGACCACAUCCAAACAGGAAGACAUUUUCAGCAACAUCAGUGUGACCGACUGGUUUUAAAGAGAUAACCAGUCAAAUCUAGGAAAACGAUUAUCUUUUUUUUUCUUUAUAUUUCAUUAAUCAUCAUUUUUGCUCUCCUUUACAUUUCCCAUGGUGCUGCUGCACUGAUCUGGAAUAAUAAGAAUCAUUUUUGGGGAACAAUUUCAGAAGCCAAGUGGAAGAAUUUGGAUUAUCCUCUGAAGUCAACUCAAGGUUCUACCUGCUUAUCCUCUCCUCCUGGGACAACUUAGAUGAGCUUAUAACUCCCUGAACAACGAGGCCUGCACCGUUCCAGCUGCGCAGUUCACACGACACUGACGUCACCUGCUUCUUGGGGCAUGGCGCUGCUGAAGAUGAAGUUCAACCAGCAGAGGCGGGUGCGUCUGGCCCAGGGCCUUUGGCUGCUGUCCUGGCUGGCAGUGACGUGCGGGGCCUUCAUCUUCUGUCUGGGGGUCUACCUCAAGACCGAGCUGCUCCGUAGGGACGAGGUGAUGGAGAACACAGAGAUCCACGUGGUGCCCAACAUCCUGAUCAUGGUGGGCCUGGCCUCCAUCGGCACCAACUGGAUCGCCAGCCGGGUGUGUCAGGACUCCAUGGACGCCAGCCGCUUCCCCCGCUGGAAGGUUCUCUUGCUGGCCUGGUUCGUCGUGGCGGCCUUGCUGUGCUGCCUGCUCCUCGCGGUGGUGGUGCUCAGCUACGCCCUGCAGGGACGCCUGGAGGAGUCCCUGAAGGUGGGUCUCAGAAACGGGAUCCGGUUCUACAAGGACACAGACGUCCCGGGCCGCUGUUUUCAAAAAGAAACCAUCGAUCGCCUGCAGAUGGAGUUUCGCUGCUGUGGAAACAACAACUUCAAGGACUGGUUUGAGGUCCAGUGGGUCAGCAACAGAUAUCUGGAUUUCACCUCUCAGGAAGUCAAAGAUCGUGUCCGGAGCAACGUGGACAACCGCUACCUGCUGGACGGCGUCCCAUUCAGCUGCUGUAACCCCGCCUCCCCCCGCCCCUGCCUGCAGUACCACCUGACGGACAGCCGAGCCCACUACAACUACGAGUACCAGUCUGAGGAGCUGAACCUGUACGGCCGCGGCUGCAGGCAGGCGUUGACUGACUACUACAUGGGCCUGAUGAACUCAACCGGGCCCGGCGUGCUGUCGGUCAUCUUGAUUCAGAUGUCGGUGCUGCUGAGCAUGCGGUACCUGCAGACGGCUGUGGAGGGAGCCAUGGCUCUGGAGAACCCAGAGGAGGAAAGCGAGGGCUACCUGCUGGAGAAGGGAGUGAAGGAAACCUACCAGGAUGUCCGAGCCAAGGUUCUCAACUUGGUCAAGUUCGUGCAGGUUGAUCCCGCCGACGAAGGGGCCUCGGGGGCCGCAGAGGGGGAGAAAACCGCUGACGCCAACACGGAGAAGGCCGCCACCUCGCCUCCAGCCAGCUAGAAGAGAAGAGAGGAAAAAAAAUACAAAAUGUGAUGAGGAGGAAAGGAUGCAGGGGGUUCUGUGUGUCUGAUACUUCUGUUUAUUUUUGGUUGUGUGACUCGGGGCGGUCGCAGGUACACAGUAGGCUUUAUUCACGAUGAAGCAGCUGCUGUCCCCCCACCUCUGAACAUGACCACAAACAGAGCAACGUGAAAAAUAAAAAUAUUUGAACAUCUCCUCUGCGCAGGACUCCAUCUGAAUCUGCUUAGGAGGUGUGUAGUUUCCUGUUUGUCUAGAAGAGCACAUCCAGUUUAAACACACAAAAACAAGUUCUGGCUCCAGUUAUAUUCAACGUGAUUCUAAUGUUGAUCCCAUGAGCACCGAGUUAUUCACCUGUCAGCUGUAGAGUUUCUGCUAAACUGCUAUGAAAUGCUUAGGAACCUGAUUUAAAUGGUAUGUGAAUUAUUUUAUUAAAGGUAGAAGUUUUUAACUGC